AUAAAAUUGUACCAAUUGGUCUAAUUACUUUCCUUUCGUUGGAUAAUCAUUCUUUAUUCAAUCCACUAGCGCUAUGUGGCUUUUAUCUUCUUUCUCUUUAUAUAUUUCUAUUAAUAUAGUUACAUCUAAUGUGGAUAACCUGCAACACCCGAUCAAGCCCUGUCACAUAGGAGAUGUGGUGGAAAACGAAUGCAACAGAUGCACAUGCUCCUCAAAAACCGUAUUCGAAUGUAAAACUUUAGACUGUAAAAAGAAUUCAACUCACAUUGAUCUCGAUGAUAUCAAACAAUUUUGCUAUCCUAACCAAUUAUACGUACAAGACCUGAUGACCUGCAUCUGUACUAAGGAUGGGAGAUGGCCACAUAAGAGCUGUAGCGACACCUUCCAAGUUUUGGCACCAGCUACAAUUAAGACACAUAAAUGCACACCCGACUCCUACGUUCGUAUUGAUUGUAAUGUGUGCAGAUGUGGCCCCGACGGCCAAAUCGUCAAUGACCGCUGCACAAGAAACGCAUGCGAGGAAGAUGCUUUUCGAAGAACUUCUACAAAAUCUAACAAUAUCUAUAGCAAGUGCGAAGUUAAAAACUGGUAUUCGCUAGCUCCCUGUCAAUUCUGUUACUGCGUCAAUGAAAACAAACUCAUAUGCAAUACAGGCAGUGACUAUUCCAAACAGUUAGAAUUAGGCUCCUAUAAUCUGAGGAUUUGUGGCACAGAUUUGAUAAGAGAAGCUCUCGAACUAGUCCCCGAGAGCCAGAGGCCAUUGAGACUUUCGUUUUCAGCGAAUACCAGUACACAUCCACAUAAACCACGUUCAGUAAAUACUAGUACAAUUUCAGUAUCAAAAUUCAAGAAUGUUUUGAAGCCAAAGAAGGGACUGAAAAUUGAAAGAAAUGAAGUAAAGCAAGAGAGCAAUGAAACCAAAACUCAGUUUCUAACUCUAGGCAAGGAAAGUAACUCUAGUAGUAGUAGUAGUAGUGAAGAAUAUUAUUCUGAUACAGAGGAACAAGUUGUGGAAAAAUCAACAGCUGCUCCGGUGCGCUCGUACAAACAAAGUACUGUAAAACCUAUUAAAAUACUCUUGCCACCUGUUAUGCCUAAGCAAACACUAUUAAAAUUGCAAUACCCGGCACCAGAAGCGGAUGAGAUUAAUAGCGUUAGAAUUGAUGAAGAUAUCGAUGACGACUCUAGUUCUUCGGAAGACGGGGUUGAUAUUGAAGUUCAGAGUACACCAACGAUUUCACCCUCGGCUACAAUAUCCCUACCAGCUGCAUUGACGCUAGACGUAAAAACAUUACAAGAGUUAGCAAAAGGAGUUAAAUCGGCUGAAUACCAAUACGUUGGUGACACAUUGAACAUUAAUCUUCCUAGAGUAUUGAAUAAAGUGUUUCAAGUGGCUCUAAGGAAAUCGAUGGUGUCUCUAUCAAGCGGAACGAAGUGCACACCCGGGGAAACGACCACUAACGGCUGCAACUCAUGUUUUUGUUUAAAAAAUAGUAAAUUGUUAUGCACUAAUAAUAUUUGUCUUCGAGAAAAACGGACAAAAUAAAGAUUCAUCUUAUUUUAAAUAAAGGGAAUUUCAUUCAUCCUAAACCUAACCUAACCUAACCCAAACCUAACCCAAACCUAACCCAAACCUAACCCAAACCUAACCCAAACCUAACCCAAACCUAACCCAAACCUAACCCAAACCUAACCCAAACCUAACCCAAACCUAACCCAAACCUAACCCAAACCUAACCCAAACCUAACCCAAACCUAACCCAAACCUAACCCAAACCUAACCCAAACCUAACCCAAACCUAACCCAAACCUAACCCAAACCUAACCCAAACCUACCCCAAACCUAACCCAAACCUAACCCAAACCUAAC